AUGGGAUUAAAGAAAUUUUUUAAGAUUAAGCCUCCAGAGGAAGCGACACCAGAACAGAACAAGGAUACUUUGAUGGAACUGGGUAUUAGUGUCAAAAACCCUAGCAAGAAAAGAAAAGAGAAAUUUGCCGCCUACGGUAAAUUUGCAAAUGAUAAAGCUGAAGAUAAGGUAUACGCGCCACCAGGUUAUGAGCAGUAUGCUAGGCCACAGGAUGAACUUGAGGAUUUGAAUGCUUCUCCCUUAGAUGCCAAUGCUAACGAGGCAACUGCUGGUUCUAAUAGAGGUUCAAGUGGCACGCAAGAUCUCGGAAAUGGAGCAGAAUCCAAUUCUAUGCAAGAUCCGUACGCUAUCGAAAAUGAUGAUUACCGAUAUGAUGACGAUCCUUAUGCAAGGUUUCAAGCUAAUAAAAGUAAUGGGAGAGGUAGCGUCAAUGCUGCGCCUUAUGGUGAUUAUGGAGGGGGGUACAAUGGCACAUCUCUGAAUUCAUAUAAUAACGAUGGCCCGUAUAGUAACCAAAAUACUUCAAACAGCUGGGUGAAUGCGAAUGGCCGUAAUAGUUUAAAUCAUUCAAACAGCACUUUAAACGUAGGGCCUUCGAGGCAAACAAGGCAACCGCCGGUUUCAACGUCGACCAACAGCUUAUCGCUUGACCAAAGAAGUCCCUUAGCAAACCCGAUGCAAGAAAAGAGAAAUCCUUACGCUGAUAUGAAUAGUUAUGGCGGGGCGUAUGACUCCAAUACUAAUAGAUCUAGCGGUACUCGACAAGGAAGCUCCAAGAAUGCAAAUCCAUACGCCUCUAUGGCGAACGACUCAUAUAGUAAUGGAAAUUUGAACAGGUCUGCAAAUCCAUAUUCUAGUAGAAGUGUGCGUCAACCGCAAUCGCAACAAGCUCCAAUGACUUAUACGCCCUCUUUUAUUGCUUCUGAUGAAGCAGCACGCAAUAGUGAAGUUGAUUUAAAUGAAGAACCUAGAACAGGUGAAUUUGAUUUUGAAGAAGUUUAUGCUGACAAGUCUGCAGAAAAUAGAGCGGCAUUAGAUGAGCCUGAUUUGAAUGCAGUAAUGACGAAUGAAGAUUCAAUAGAUUUAAAUGCGUCCGAAGUUGAUCAUAGUUCAAGACAGCAGCAGCAGCAACAGUGGUUCAUGGAUGAGCAGCAACAGCAACAGCAACACUUUAACGCAACAAAUAACCAAUAUGGAGAUCAAAGGGGUUACAAAACAUUUGAAGAAAUACAAAAAGAAGAGGAGGCUCGCCAGCAGCAGGAAGAAGAUGAAGCAGUAGAUGAAAUCAAGCAGGAGAUCAAAUUUACGAAACAGAGUUCCGUAGCCUCUACUAGAAAUACACUAAAAAUGGCUCAAGACGCCGAAAGAGCAGGUAUGAACACAUUGGGUAUGCUGGGUCAUCAAAGUGAACAAUUGAAUAACGUAGAAGGAAACUUAGAUUUAAUGAAGGUGCAAAAUAAAGUUGCAGAUGAAAAAGUUGCAGAACUAAAAAAAUUGAACCGUAGUAUAUUGGCUGUCCAUGUUUCUAAUCCGUUUAAUUCCAAGAGAAGGAGAAGGGAGAGGGAAGAGCAGCUGAAGAAUAGGAAAAUUGAAGAAAAAUUAAUGAGAGAGCAAACAAGUCAACAAUUGUCUCAGUCCACUCAAAGAAUAGAGGGUGCUAUGAACGCAAAUAAUAACAUAAGUGAGGUGCGGGAAAGAUAUCAGAGGAAGAAUGUUCUAGAAAAGGCAAAGAGAUAUCAGUUUGAGAAUGAUGAAGAAGAUGACGAAAUGGAAUUGGAAAUUGAUAGGAAUUUGGACCAGAUUCAGCAGGUUAGCAACAGAUUGAAGAAAAUGGCCUUGACCACUGGUAAAGAAUUAGACUCUCAGCAAAAACGUCUCAACAACAUUGAGGAAAGCACUGAUGAUCUAGAUAUCAAUCUCCAUAUGAAUACCAACAGGUUGGCAGGUAUCAGAUAG